UCUACCAGACCCAAAAAUAAGUUCAAUUUAAAUAAACUGGGUGAUGUUUUAUUGCUUUCUUAUGCGACGUAUAAAAAUAGGAACUAUCUGUUUGAAUUUGUAGUUUAUCCUUAAGUCUCAUGAGAACUGCUUUUUCUGCAAUAUUGAAUAAUAACAAAUCAUGAAAACUGUUUUAUUCUUGUACUUUUUACUUAAUUGUGUUCAAUAUAUUUAUCCGUAUGUGUUCUCAUCGGUGGAAAAAUGCUCUUACACAGAUUAUAAGUGCUUAAAAAGAUCCUUUCAAAAGGCUGUUCCAUUGUUUACUGAAGGGAUCCCCGAACUGGGAAUCGAGAGAAUGGAUGAGUUAGUCGUUCACGAUAAAAUAUACAAAUUGGGUGGGUUGGAUUUAACCUUGAAAGAUGCACGAUUAAAGGGUCUCAAAACAACAGUUUUUGAUCACGUGAGGUAUUUCUUCAUUUGUUCACUAGAUGGCGUGUGUAUUGUGCAAUAUGUCCGCAUACCUACUGCUUGGAACCUCAUUGAUACCAACAAAAAAAUGCUCUUUACUAGCUACCACAUAGUAAAGUGUUCAAUGAAGGGGAAAUAUGAAGGGGUUGGAAACAUAAAGGUUCUGCCUUUAAGAGGCUCUGGAGAAAUUUUCCUCAAGUUCCGAAAUGUUGCCUUAUCCGUUAAUAGCACAUAUGUAAUGGAAAAUAGAAAUAAUAAGGAAUACUUAAUCCCAAAAAGUUAUGUGUUCGAGUACGAGGUGAAAGAUUAUGCUCAUUUCAAUAUGACUAAUUUAUUCUCGGGAAAUGAAAAAUUAAGUAACGCAGUAUUGACGUUUCUGAAUGAAAACUGGCGAGAUGUCUCAAAGGAGUUUGGAAAACCAAUUAUUGAAGGUCAAACCAAACAAAUAUUUGAUAAUGUAGUAAAAUAUUUAUCAAAUUCACCUGUUACUGAGAUAUUUUUACUUUAACAAAUAUGUAAAUAUAUUUUUAAAUAAACUUUAAUGUUAUGAAACUUUUAUAACGCCUGGCAGUUUAUGCACAGCAAAGAUGUAUCAGAGCCUCCGAAAUGUCAUCCUUGCUUUUUGCAACCUGUUCUGUUCUUUCGUAGCUUAGUUCAUCACAAACUGCAUCUUACCAUCAAACUGAAGGUAUUUUUAAUGAAUUUCUUCAGUUGAAUAAACAUAAAUUCAUUAUUA